UUUAAACGAUUGUUUACAAAGUAACCUCCGCUGCCGUAUUUUAAGUUUUUUACCGUUUUUACAAAAACAAUGUUCUGUUAGUUUUAUAUUCGACAAAAAAUGGAACCGUCGAAAGAACCCGUGAGCGUCCGAAUCGCGCGUGUUAACUCAGAAAUAACCGGAAAUAAUAUUGCGUUAAAACGAUGCCCUUUGCUCGCUAGAGAAACUUUGUUGGAUGCUUUCCAAGCCCUUUAUGACGAAUGUUGCUCGGAAGGUUUGCAAAAGUAUGACUCAAACAUCGCCAAUUUUGUGGAAAAGUAUAAAAGCGCAGCGAAACGGGUCAAGAUGUUGCGCGUGAACAUUAGUGAUUUUGAAAUAAAAAAUAUCAUUGGCAGAGGGCAUUUCGGCGAGGUCCAUGUCGUCAAAGAAAAACAAACCGGUUACGUAUACGCAAUGAAAACGUUGCGAAAAUUUGAUAACGAAAUGAAAAGAAUCUCUGUGGAAGAGGAACGUAACAUCAUGGCUGAUUCUGUGUCGCCAUGGUUGACCACUCUACAAUAUGCUUUCCAGGAUAGCACAAAUUUAUUUUUUGUUAUGGAAUACCACCCGGGGGGAGAUCUCCUCGGACUGUUAUAUAGACAAGGCGGCACUCUUCCAGAGAGCGCCGCUUUAUUUUACAUAGCCGAACUCGUACUGGCGUUAGAUGAUCUUCACAAUAUGGGAUAUGUUCAUCGUGACGUCAAGCCUGAUAACGUAUUGUUAGAUAGAUGCGGCCAUUUGAAAUUAGCGGACUUUGGAUCAGCUGCUAAAUUAGACAAAAAUGGCUUGGUGAAAGUGGGACCUCCCGUUGGUACACCAGAUUACAUUGCUCCUGAAGUGCUACAAUGUUUGGAUAAUAAAAAUGAUAAAUGUUCUGGAUACGGGAUUUUGUGUGACUUUUGGUCCCUCGGAGUCUUAGCUUAUGAACUGGUGAUUGGGAACCCACCCUUCCAAGGACAAAGUUCAAGUUCUGUAUACUCAAAAAUUAUGAACCACUCCAAUUCACUCAAAUUUCCGUCGGAUAUAGUGCUGAGUCAAGCAUACGUUGGUUUUGUCAAGGCUUUGUUAGUUGACCCCAAAGCUCGUCUCAGCAAGAGCAAAAUUCGAAGCCACGUUGUGUUCAAGAGCGUCAAUUUUGACACUUUGAGGGAUCAAGUGCCCCCGUAUGUACCAAAAAUCACGUCCGAAGAUGACACGAGCAAUUUUAGUGAUAUCCAAGCCAAGAAAAAGUACCCCAGUAUUGAAAAUUUCAAAAAAAAGUCACAAUUUUCCGGAAGGAACUUGCCGUUUGUCGGUUUUACCUUCACCCACGAUCCGGGUUGUAGCGUAGAACCAAAUUUGCAGCGUAGGUCGACUCAGAAAGAUGAAUUGGUAGAAAAUUUGAAAGCGGAAAUGGAAAGUUUGCGCCUCAAGUUGUCCAAGUGUGCGGACUUUGAUUGGGAACGGAACGAUUUUGAAAAAAAAUUGGAAGAAAACUCAAGGAAAAUCGAUAGAUUGGAAUCUUUGAGAGACAAACUAGAAAAAGACUUGGCCAAUACCGUCGCUGAAUGCACAGCGCUGAAGAGAACUUUGGAACUCGAACGUAAGGAUCGGUCCGAGCUCGAGAGAAAAGCCCUGGACCUGAUCAAAUCGGCCAAAUUGAAAUGGGAAGUGUCCGAAAAGACCAAAGUCGACGCUCUCACAUUGGAAAUUGAACAGAUGAAGGAAAAAAUAAUCCAAUUGACGAACACGAACAACAUUUUAGACGAGCAAUUGCAACGGGCGUUGAGCAUGGAACACGAUCACCGUCAGUCCUUGGAACAUGUCCAAGAUUUGAGCAGGAGAAGCGUCAUAGGUUUGGAGAGCAGAUUGGAAAGGGUGACCAGCGAAACGCAGAACACCAUAGCCGAGUUAGAGGUGAAGCUGAACGACGAGAUCCACAAGACGAACGUUUUGCAAAAUAAAAUCGUCAGGUUAAAAGAACGUGAGCUGACGUUAAUGGACGAUCUCGAACGUUCGGAAGAGAAGUAUGGAAAUUUGAAAGGGAAAGUUGACGAAGCCGAAAGCGUUAUCCAGCAGUUGAGUAUGAAAGUGACCGAGUUGGAGAAAGAUAUCGAUACCAGAGACGAUUAUAAGCGAGAGAUAAGAGAACUGCAGAGGAUGUUCGACGACAGUCAGAAAGCGGUGAAGGAUUUGCAGAACCACAACACCAUGUUGCAAAGCAAAACGGAGACGCUGGAAAAGUACCAGGUCGAAAUCGAGGAGAUGCGGGCGGAAAUUUCCAGACUCCAAAACGACAAGAGAAUUCAUGUGUUGGAGCGAGACUUGGAAGGGGAGAGGGCUAGAUGCGAUAGUUUAGCGAGGAGAUUAAAAGAGGCGGAAAACUCCUCGACCACUGAAAGCGACGAGUUGAAGGAGUUGCGGGUCAAGUUCUGGAGGACGGAAAAGGAACUCGGAAAUUGCAAAAUCGACAAGAGGAUUCUGGAAAGGGAAUUAAAGGAAGCUCAGGUUGAGAUCAAAAGUUUGUCCACCCAAAUCGCCGAGCACGAUCAGAAACUCGCGGAACUGAGAAAGUCCCACGAGAUUGCGCUACUAGAACUAUCGAAUAUCAACGAGAACGUUUCGAUGGACCUAGUUAGAGCGAAAGAGAACAUCAAAAACUUGGAGAGGCAGGUCAACGAUGAGAAACAAAGGAGCAAUUCGGAAAAACACCUAAUCAAUCAGUUGAACAAGGAGUUGAGCUCGAGAGAACAAAAGAUGGAAAAUUUGAACGCUGAAAUUGCGAGCCUGAGGAACGAGAAGAACUGUCUGGAGGAGCGAUGCAAAAAAGAUGAACUAGAAAGGUUCAAGUUGAUGGAUUUUAUCGAAAAUAUGCAGAAGGAGAAGGCCGACUUGCAAGCGGCAUUGGAUAAAUGCAGGAGACAGGUGGACAACUCCAAUUUGAACUUGGAAGCUCUUCGAGAGGCGUGCACUUUGCUCGAGACACAAGUGAUCGAGUUCGAAAGGAUCAACGCCACUCACCGGGAAAAAGAGUCGGAGCACAACGCAAAUACCGAAAAACUGAUCGGCGAUCUAUGCGAAUCGAAACGGGAAACCCAGGAGGCCCGCAAACUGCUCAACGAAGAGAAAUCUUUGAGGGCAGUUACCGAAGCGAAGAUCAAACGUUUGGAAGAGGACGUGAAAUGCGUAGAAAACGAGUGCAAGUCUUAUAAGCAGCAGUGCGUCGACUACAAGCAGUACUCUAGCGACUUGUCCGACGAACUGACCGUCGCGGAGGAGAAAUUAUCAAACUGCGAGGUCAGAUUGAACGCGUGCGAACGCCAGAUGGACCAGAUGGCCGUGGACAAUAAGCAAUUGAAAGAGGAAAUAUCGGACCGGAUAACGCAGAUUAGCCAACUGAAGGACUCCAACUACAAGCUGAACCGUCAACUAGGCGACUUGAAGGAGACUAAUUCCGGUCUGACGCAGAAGAUCAAGGAGCUGGAGAGGAUUUUGACCGAGAAAAGUCAUUAUUUUAACGAACGGGAUAUGAAGAGCGAGGCCACCAUUAAACAGCAGACCAAGCUGAUUGACUUUUUGCAGAGCAAGAUCGAUGAUCAAUCUCAUAAGAAGAAAACGCUGACCGAAGUUUUGUUCGGCGGUUCGAAAAAAGAAAAUCAGCCCCCACCAUCGAUGGCCAUGAACUACAAAGAUCUGGAACACCAGUUGGCCAAAGAACGUCAAACCAAUCGGCAGCUGCAAGAAGAAAUUUACAAACUGAAAGUGUCGGAGGUAAAUUUGAACGUCGCAGACAAAUUGUGCAAAGUGGCGAGGACCAAGUCGGAAGUGUUGUCCCCAAAAAGCAAGGAUACCAUGAAUAACAUAGUAAAAUCCCCAGGGUCGCAAAACAACGUGAUGCAAAGGCAAAAUUCCCUUCAGAGGAUGCACCACAAUAUCCCGCACAGGUUCGAGUCAAAAUUGUGCACGAAAACUCAAAAAUGCGCCCAGUGCGGCAGUCUGAUAUCAAUAGGACGUACGAUGAAUGCUUGCAAAGAGUGUAAUCUGAUCGUACACGUCACCUGUGGCACAGCGGUGCCCAGUACUUGCGGCUUGCCUAGGGCCUUCGCAGACCACUACCGAGAGAGCCUUCAGAAGCUCACCGAAGAGGAAAAAAUCAAUAUGGAAGAGAAGAAUCUCGUCGAAGAGUCGGACGUGGAGGGAUGGGUUAAAGUGCCGAGUUUAAAGUCGGGCGGUUGGGAGAAAAGGUACCUCCGACUAGCGAAAUCGUCCCUGGAAGUUUACUCCCAGCCACCGAGCGACGCGGGAUUUAAACUUUUAGAAUCGUUUCCCCUGAAACCCGAAGGCAGUCGCGGCAAGGUGGUUUUAGAGCCGUUGCCGUCUGAAAUUGCUGGUAUAUCGGUUGCUACGAGCGAUCUACCGUUCAUAAUGAAAAUUGAGGUUGUACCCGAGACGACUUGCUGGCCUCCGCGAAAUUUCAUUCUGAUGACGCUGUCGGCGAAAGACAAAGACAUGUGGUUUGCAGCAUUACAAGAGGUGUUCAUCGAAGACCAAACCAAAACCAAAUUGGAUACCAUCGCUAAAGUACACGAUUUGGAAGUAAAUCAAGUGCUCGACCUCACGGACAAUAUCAAAGCAUUGGGUACCGAAAAAGGCUUGUACGCCCUUUACGAAAGGCGCAUUCUUCACAUAACCGGGCCUUUCAAAGUGCACCAAAUGGCGACAUUUACUCAGGGCAACGUAGUGCUGAUGAUAGCGGAACAAAAAUCAGUACUCGUAUCGUGCGACCUAAACCAUUUAAUCAAUUUGGCCCAGUGCGCGUCCUGCACCAAACCGACGUUGAAGUACAAGACGGUUUCGGUGAACGGUUUGUGCGGAUUUCACAUUUUGCAGGUGUCUCAACACCCGUCGCAGAACAAAACGUGCGUCGCCACCGCCAAACAAGUGGUCAUAUUGGAGUACUCUUUCGACCGUAACGAGUUCGUUCCGCUGCGGAUCCUGGAUACCGCACGACCCACCAGUUGUCUCCUGUUCACCGCACACAGCCUCAUAGUGGGCGCGGACAAGUUCUUCGAAAUCGACCUAAACACUUUCCAAGCCGAGGAGUUCUUGGAUGCCUCCGACGUUCACCUGAGACAAGCUAUCAAGUGCUACCAGUUGGGCUCGUUUCCGCUGUCGGUAUUACAGAUUUCCGACGACCCGAAGGAGUACCUGUUGUCGUUUCACGAGUUUUCCGUUUUCGUCGACGAAUACGGCCGCGCCUCCAGACCCGGAGAGUUGAAGUCGUCUCGCUUACCCCUAGCUUUCCAUAAAGCCAAGCGAUACCUUUACGUCGUCCAGUUUGCCGCUAUCGAGUUUUUGAGGAUAGAUGACGCAACGUGCAGGGAGGAGUCGCCGCCUCCGACCUCGAGGUUGGAAUUGGCCAAGUUCAAGUACGUCGGAUCGAAUUCGAGGGGCGUGUACAUCGAGCAAGACGGUGAGAUCAAAUUCGUGGGGGCGAAGAGGUGCGCGGAUUUCGAUACCAGCUCCGUGGUGUCGGAAUCCACGGAUAACGAUUCCGACAGGUUCAGUUUUACCAGUUCGAUGGUGCAAAGUCUGGAGGGAAAUCUGGCCGAUUGCAACGCUGCCGAAGUGACCAGAAAAGUAAGAUUCGAUCAAACCGACCUCUAGCGUAUCCUGAGCAAAUUUAGCAAGGCUGAUUACUUAUUUCGUCAUAUUUUUUAAGUUUUAAAAAUGUUUUUGUACUUGCCGUAUCGUUUUACUUAGGUUUUGUCAUACGUGUGAAAAUCUGCGUCGAAUUGAUUGAUGUUUUACAUUUUUAUAAAUAAAUUAUUGGUAAUAUUUGUUUGGAA